AUGACACGGCAUACAUUCACCACAAUCACGCCCUUGCCCUCGAGCAUCACCCGCCAGGUCGUUAUAGACUUCCUCCAUGAUCAUCUCGAGAUGAUAGACCUCAACCCUCUUAUCAAGGAGCGUCAUCCAAUCCCCCCUCCGCCACACGCUUCGGCGGAAGAGCAGCGGUGUGUCUGGUACUCCCUCACCGACCGCAUCGACUACCUCCCAGGCGGUGUUGUUUCCGGUCAGGUCUCGUACACCUGCGCCUUCUACGACCUCCCCGAAGGCCUUCAGACUCAUUGCUACGCACCCAUGGGGCUCGACAUCCGUGAUCGCUGGUCUAUUGGCGGCUCCAUGCCAGGAGAGCCACCCCAACCCGUCGAGCUAGGCCUUGGCGCACCCAUGACAGGUCUCUACCUCCGUGAAGAUGUCGACUUGCGGUGCAACAUGCUCAUGGCAGGAUUUGUCAAGAAGACACUCAAGAAGUCUCAUGGAUCACUGGUCGACAAGCUUGCCGCAAAGGCUCACAUGGUAUCGGUCAACCAGUCGACCCAGAGCGUGAGGACUAACUCUCCUGGGAGCCUCCAGUCGCCAACCCCCACGGGAUCUGAGUCCUCAGGAAUGGCACCGCUGGGUCCUCUCCUCCCUCCAGGCAUCGGCCCUGGGCAGCAUGUGAUGGGCUCGAACCUGGCCUAUGAAAGUCACUCGCGCUCUUCGAGCAUGGGAGAUUACUACCAGCAACGGAAUGGCGCUCUAAGCCCCCCGGUGGUGCAGCCUCUAGGGAUAGGGUCAGAUCAGCCAGGGCUUGGGUAUCCAAACACUGCGUAUCAUAGCAACAAUAACAGCAACUCACAAGACCAUUUUGGUGCUUAUCCAUCACAAGACCAGAGGUAUUCCGAGUUGGACGACACUAAACAGGGCUACCCCUAUCAACAAUACGAGAAAUCAUGA